AUGGCACCUCUUCUAGACCUUCAGCAUGCUAACAAUCGAACCUUGAAAAGAUCAUUCACUGCUGUCACCAUUUCAUCACCCCCUUCUCCAGAACGAACGGCAGUAUCGAGUGCAGCCGAAACACAAGGGAGGAAGUUGAGGCAGUCUCGGGGGGUGAGAGGAACAGGGCUUCAAUAUUCUGUGAAGAUGCCAUCAGCCGCGAGUACUAGGAUGUAUGAGAACCACAUACCGUCAUUCAUGUCUGUGUACGACAUGGAGACGGUGGUAGAAAGUCCCGAAUUAUCUCCAGCCCCGAAGCUGUCAGGAGCGAAGUUCGAGCCACAACAAGAAACAAGGUCACAACAAUUGAGCACAAACGAAACGCAACAAACAGAUUCAGACUUGGAAUCACAAAUACAUUCACACCAACACCGAGAGAGUACUUCUACUCAGACCUCGGAUUCUACAGACUCCUCACCCACGACAACGAUAUCGACGGUUGAUUCGUCCUCACUAUCAGAUCCUUCUCCUUCGUCUUCUCCAGAAUCCCCUAUCACCUUAAUACCAUUAUCUUCAUUUUCCGGAUCGACCUUCGGCUUGGACGCCUUCCAACGCCUCAAGAUGGCCGACACCCCCAAUCAAUUACCACUUAACAAUAUCCGACCUAUGACAUCGCCCUCGCCGCGAAAAUCCAAAAAUCCAAAGGCUCUCGCCCUCAAUCUUAAUUCUAACAGUGGUGCAUUUCAAAUCCAAGCAUCUGAACCAUCUUCGCCCUCAUUUAUCAAACCCCCGACCAAUCCUCCCAGGAAAAAGCCGAGCUUACUGAGUCUGAAUACUGGAGCCACCAACAGCGUACCAAUUUUGGUGGAACCAAUAGCAUCUCCUAGAUUGCCCACUAUGUUACAAAGAAGAAGUUUAAAGCAUUCUGUCUCAUCUCCCCAAAUUAUAUCAACCCCUGGAUAUGGUCCUGCUGGAGGCAUGACACUGGGUGGAGGGAAGCCUUUCGGACCACCGCGGUUCAAGGAAUCAAAUAUUCCAACCAACACGUUCACGAUCAGUGAAGAUGUAGAUCUAGAAGCCCCUGCCAGUGUUCAAAUGGCUACGAGGGUACCUGGGGUUACAGUUGGAGGUGACAGUUUUGAUCGACCACAUUCUGGGGAAGACGCGAAAUCGCCUUCGUAUCCAGAAGGCCCGAUCUUGAUGCAUGAACCUAGUGUUCACCUUUACCUAGAACCGAAACUAGAAGAGGCUAUGAAGUUUGACGUAAUUCUCAAUGUUGCUCGAGAAGUCAAAAAUCCCUUCAAGGCGCUAGAAAAAGAAAAGGAAAAGGAAAAUAUGCGUUCAAAAAGUCCCUUCCAUGGAGGUUCAUCUUCAGAUAUAGCUAUGAGUCCGGUGGAACCAGAUACGGCCGCAACGAUGAUGUCUUUCAGAACCGCUUUCGAAGUGCAACCCCCAAAUUCUACGGAAUCAUCGCCAACUACCCCGAAACCUUUAGUGGAAACUAAAAUCCCUGAGUAUAUUCACGUGCCUUGGGAUCACAACACGGAUGUGAAGGACGAGCUGUGGGAUCUAUGCCAACUCAUCGAGUCAAAAACAAAGGAAGGGAAGCGAGUGUUAGUACAUUGCCAGCAAGGAGCUAGUCGAUCAGCAACUCUUAUAAUCGCCUACGGAAUGUACAUGAACCAAGACCUAGGAGCGACGGAGGCAUAUGCACUAGCACAGGCGAAGUCACGCUGGGUGAAUCCAAACAUGUCGCUCCUGUUCUCGUUAAAUGAUUUCAAGAAGGUCAUCGAGAGCAAGAAGGUUGAGAAGGAGACGGCAGCUCCGCAGAAACCCCAAAUCAAGCACCGGCCGACAGUUUCAGCAGAUGCUAUUCACGUACCCUCAACCCCAACACGUGCUCGUGGGAAUUCUGACCCUAGCGUUGCAGCCAGGGAUGAUGCCGUGGCCAAGUUUGAAGAGAGGAAAGAGCCUACCACAGAACCCCAGGCAUCACGGUUCGCUGAUUUCGAUUUCGGGUUCAGUGACAUGUCCAGCAAGAUGGAGAUUGCCCCGCCAAAAAGGCAGGAAGAAAACGAUUGGGAAGCACUCUUGUCACCUCGAGUAGAAGAAAUGACAGCCAAUCCCUUGCAGGAUUUCUCGCGAAGUUUCAGCUCCAAAGAAGACUCGGAAACGCCACCAACACCCGGCCUCUUCUCCCCCCGCGUCUUCGAAUUCCCUCGGUCGUCUUUCUUCCCUUCCCCUGGCCAACGCAUGUCCCUAGCCGUGGACGAAGACCCGCGGAGUCCUCCAACAAAGGGAGAAGCUCCCAUCACGCGAUCAAUCGAUGAUGUCCUUUGA